GAUGGAACUUUUUCCAGCACAACCAGACUUAUCCCUACAAAUCAGCCCUCCAAAUAGCAAACCCACAUCAAGUUGGAGGAGGACAGAAGAUGAGAUGGAUUUGGGUUUCUGGAAGAGAGCUUUGGACUCCAGAAACUCCUCCUUCUCUUCAAUGGCGACCAAACCAGACAACUUUUUCGAGCUCUCCUUGGCGAAUCCAAGGGUUUCUGAGCCCUACUCCAACCAUUUUCAGUUCCACCAGAACAGUAACACCAAUCUCAUCCACUCCUUUCAACAAAAUCAGUACCCAAAUCAUCACCAUCUACAACUGCAACACCAAAUAUUUCAGCAACAACACCAUGGAAUGAGCCCAGAGCUUGGUUUUCUGAGACCCAUUAGUGGAAUUCCAGUAUAUCAAAACCCUCCUUUCCCAUUUUCUCAACAGGGUCUAGAUACUUCUGUAUCUUCUACAACUACUUCUAGUGCCAUUACUUCAAGUUCCUUUCAGUCUCAAGGGCUAAUGCGAUCGAAGUUUUUGUCGAGAUUUCCAGCCAAACGUAGCAUGAGAGCGCCUCGGAUGCGGUGGACUACUACCCUUCAUUCUCGUUUUGUUCAUGCUGUUGAGCUUUUGGGUGGCCAUGAAAGAGCUACACCAAAGUCAGUUCUUGAGCUCAUGGAUGUGAAAGAUCUCACCUUGGCACAUGUUAAAUCCCAUUUACAGAUGUAUCGAACGGUGAAGACCACUGAUAGGGCAGCAGCUUCUUCGGGACAAUCGGAUGUAUUUGAAAACGGGUCAUCUGGGGAUACAUCUGAUGAUUUAAUUUUGGAUAUUCAAAAUUCAAGAAGGUCUGAGGUUACAGUUCAACAGGGAAGGCAAAAUGUGAAUCAAGAUAAGGAUUAUCAUGGCCUCUGGAGCAACUCUUCAAGCAGGGAAGCCUGGUUGCAUGGCAAACCAAGGGAUUGUGGAGGGAACAUAACAACUCUUCAGAAGGACAGGGACGCAAAGGUCCUAAGCUAUGAGAGAAUAUCAGAGGUGAGCUCAUCAAGCCUAUCAGAAACAAGCCCCAAGAAGCCCAAUCUGGAGUUCACUUUAGGAAGGCCACAGUAA